GUCCCCGUUCCCGUUCCCUCAGCCCUGCCCGUGCCCCGCUCAGGGCGCAUCCCCUCCGCCCUUCCCACGGCAACACCUCCCCUAAUUACCCCCGGCGGGCGUUUCAUCGCCGCUGCCGGCUAUAAAUGGUGCCACCCUGGCAUGGCCACAGCGGGGACAGCGCGGGGACAGGCACGGCUCGGUUUGGCACGGCUCGGUUUGGCACAGCCAUGAGGAUCGCGGGGACCCUGGCGCUGCUGGCGCUGGCACUUCUGUGCCUGACAAAUGCUGCCAAACAUGAAGAGGUGGACUGCAGCGAGUACCGCAGGCUGGAGCGAGGGCGGCCCAUUUACUGCGAGAGGCUCUACCAGCCCUUCUGCGGCUCUGAYGGCAAAACCUACAACAACAAAUGUUCCUUCUGCAAGGCCAUGCUGAGGAGCAGAGGGGCCCUGCACGUCAGGCAGGUGGGAACCUGCUGAGGAGCCCUGGUGACACAGGGGACACAGCUCCACACUGCCCUGCCACCCAUCCCUGAUCCCAGCCAUGCUGCCAUUGCAACCCAAACUGAGGGGAAUCACCCCAAUUUCCCUGAUUCCAACCCAAACCCUGAGGAGAAUCACCCCCAUCCCUGAUUCCAACCCAAACCCCAAGGGAAUCACCCCAAUUUCCCUGAUGCCAGCCAUGCUGCCAUUGCAACCCAAACCCUGAGGAGAAUCACCCCCAUCCCUGAUUCCAACCCAAACACUGAAAGGAAUCAUCCCAAUUUCGCUGAUGCCAGCCAUGCUGCCAUUCCAACCCCAACCCUGAAGGGAAUCACCCCCAUCCUGCCAUCCCAACCCAAACCCCAAAGGGAAUUGCCAGCUGGAAUUGCCAGCUCUGCUCUCUCACUGUUGUCUCUCUCUGCCCCAGAGCUGGGACUGACACUCGUGUCCUCCCAGAACUGUUCCUGUUGUUUCACAUGAGCCCUUCGUUAUUUGUUUGUCCCCAUGGCURAAGCUCAAACCUUCUGACAAUAUCCCCAGGUCUCUUCCCCUCGUUGAUCAAAUGUUGUCUUUCAUUCACCCAGAAACUGUAGCARCUCCUUUUUCCCAAAGGGUUCAGCUUUCCCAGGCAGGUCUUUGACUCUCCCAGUUUUGUAGCUGGAUUUUAAUGCUUAUUUUUUCUUCCCUCUUUGUACAAUUCUGACUCCUGUAUGUUGUUCAGUGCCUUGGUCUGCUUGUUUAUUAAAAUAAACCUUGACUCUUUUUUUUUGUCCAUGGUGAACUUUC